AUGAGACGACUUCAUCGGCAAUUCAACGGUGUCGUCACGCGCACAUCGCGCUUCCAAGACGACUCCUUGGAGGCCUGGCGCAGCGAAACUGGUCUCUCUGCAGCCGCCACCGCUGCUAUCGUCGACGCGUCGCGCCGCGGUGUCAUCCCCCAAAACCCGGGCGUGCUACUCUCGCGCCUCCUGCGUUUCCAGGAGUGCCUCGGCGGGCCCCUCGGCCGCCGUGGCGUGCUGUGCGUGCUGCGCUCCGCGCCCAGCCUGCUACGCUACUCCCCGGAGAGCCUCCGGUGGAAUGUCGACAUGCUGGCGGCGCUGCUGCCCGACGCCGACGCCGCGGCGGCGGCGGCGCGACGGGCGCCCAUGUUGCUGGGCGCCUCCGCCAUUACAUUGUGGGGAAAUUUUGAGGGCCUUCGCAGAUUGCUGCGGUUAGAUCACGAUGCGGCCGUCCGGUUAGUGGUGAGGGCCCCACGGCUACUUCUCAAUAGCCGUGGCGCGCUGCAGGGUCGUCUGGAGGCGCUGACGUUACUGGCGGGAGGCAGCGGCGGCGCCGCAUCGCGUCGUGCCGUCGCAGCGGCGGUCGCCCGCCAGCCUGCGCUGCUCGGCUAUUUCCCAGGCACCCUGGAGCGCAACCUGCGCGCCGCCGCUGCCGUACUUGCUGUCCCGUUCUCGCGCGUGCAGCCGCUGCUGCUUAAGCAACCCGCGCUGGCGAUGCUGGCCCGCGCAUCACUCCGAGACCGGGUGGCGUCGCUGCGUGACGCCGCCAUGCUGUACGAUGAAGCCGACCUGGCUUCUGUCGUACUUCGUCAGCCCAGCCUGCUGACACUGUCCCCAGAGAAUGUGCGGCACAAGGUUGCCGUUGUGGGGCAGGUUUUGGAGCUGGAGAGCCGGCCGGAGGAGCUGCGUGCCGUGCUCCGAGGUGCGCCGCAGCUGCUGACGCUGGCGGCGGACAGCAUCAGAACCAAAGCAGCGGCGCUGUGGGAAGCGGUGGAGCCGGCCGCCGUGUUGCGCGCGCAGCUGCAGCGUGCGCCGCCGCAGACAGUGGCUGUGUGGCUUUGCAUGAGCAGUCGGCGCUACGACCAUGUUCGGUCUGUGGCGGAGGCAGCGGCAGCCGCUGCCAACGGCGGCGGGAGUGUGGGGCAGGAGGAGAAGCGGAUUGGUGGUGCCGUACGUACGGCGGCGGACAACGACUCAGCAGCCGCUUCUAGCAGCCGCCGAGGGGAGCCAGGUGGUACAGAACGUGUAGGUGGUAUGGCACGGGCCCGGCCGUUGUCGCUGUACGCGUUGUUGAAGGACGGGGGGUUAUCGGCCGCUGCUCCACUGGCGGUGACGGGGCCGCCACUGGCGACGGCGGCAGCACUGGAAUCCACGCCGCUGACGGAGGCGGUAUCUGUGCCGGAGCCCGCGGCAGCGGAGGCGCAGCUUGGAGAGAAGCCGCGGAAGCCGCGACGGCGAAGAUAG